GCAAGUGAGCUGGAAGGCCAGCGUUUGGAGACGCGGGAGCUGCUGAAGCAACAGCAAAACCUCAUGACAGAGGUAGAAAGGGAGCACGAGAGAACGCUCUUUGAGACGAUGCAGGAAGUUGCCACCGUGAAAGCUGAACAAGAAAAGGUCCUGCAAGAAGUCGAGCGUGAGAAGACUGCACUGUUGGAGAGGCUCUGCCAGACUCAGGUAGAGCUGCUCCAAACCCAGCAGCAGCUAGGGCAGCUCAGGCAGCAGGUGAAAGAGGAGAGAGAAAAUGGGCAGAACAUCAAGGAAAAGCUGGAAGCAGAGCUGCAGGAAGCUCAGAGGAAGAUGAAGGCGGCGGAGAGGAGGCAAAAGGAAGAAAUGGAGAGAUUGCAAGAGGCAAUCAGUCUCCUGCUUCAGCACAGGGAGGCUCUACAAAACCAGCCUGUCGAGGUCCUUCUGAAGGGCUGCACAACUCUCUGGGGUGCCCACUCCUCCCAGCUUCGUGUCCCCAGCAAACUUGCUGAGCAGGCAUCUGACCCUCCAUCUCCUAAACCAGUACUGCAGAAAACACGAGAAUGA